AAUCGAAACGUUGUCAGCACUGAACGGUAGCAAGAGGAAAAAAAGAUUCAGAAAAAUCCAGAACACAGAAGUAAAAUUUUGUAUAGAAGUUUAGCUAAAUAAAAAUUGGCGUUUUGGCCACGCAUAAUAAAGAGUCCUUAAAAAAUACAAUAAAUUAUUUUUUUUAUUUAAAUAUACAUUAUUAACAAUAAACAGUAACAAACAUGACUCGUGGAAAUCAACGCGAUUUAGCCCGUCAAAAGAACGCCAAAAAACAAGCUGAAUUAAAUAAAGGCAAACGUAAUGACAAUUUAACCGUUGAACAACGUAAACAAAGAGAUGCCGACUUAAUGCGUGAGAAACAACGAAAGAAAGAGGAGGAAGCUGCUGCAAGAGCUGCAGGCAAAGUUAAAUAAAAUUAUAAACUUUGUUGACACAUUUUAGUGAGGCCAUUCAUUACAAAAACAAA